GUGUGUAUCAUGGCUUACGGGCAGACUGGAAGUGGGAAGACAUAUACAAUGUUGGGACCACAGUUAGAGAAGAACCCUGCAUUCUCCAUAGAAGAUGAAUCAGAACUUGGAAUCAUUCCUCGAGCUACCCAGGAAGUGUUCAGGCUUAUUUCAGAAAAGCCACCAGGAAGUUACUGGGUUGAGGUUUCAGUUGUCGAAGUAUAUAAUAAUGAAAUUUUUGAUCUUCUGGCCAAAGACAGUUGUGGAAGAGUGUAUGGUGUCAAACGUGAUGUUGUCACAACCAGAGAAGGGAAGAGUGAUGUUCCAUUGCUUACAUAUGA